UCUUAAUGACAACAGACGAUAGCGAAAAUGUGUGUUGUGUAAACCUUCCCAAAAGUUACAGUUUAUAUGCUUCUGUCCAACAUGCUGUAACAACCGACUCAGCUCGCUAUUCUUGAGCUUCUGAUCGUGACUAUAAGCCCAAAUAAAAGACUUCAUAUCCACCCCACGUGAUAAUAAAAUCGAAACUGCCAUGAAGGGCAAGUGCCACCUCGUUAAAAUUCUACUAACAUAAUGGGCGUUCUUCAGUGGCAUUUAAUUGCCAGCAAACGAUAAUACGGCUGGCUUUUAAAACCACACGAGAGAGCAGAUAAUGGAGGCUGGCCCAAACUGAAACUUCUCACUCCUACCAGAACAAGAUGAAAGCUUGUGCCCGUAUCAAAAGUUCCUUGUAAAUAGUCCCUCUCUCCUGUAAAUUAUGGCUCUCGUAGUCAGGUCUCCCAGCGAACAGAUGUUGAUCUCCACUUUCUGAGGGAUCUGUUGAUCACCUCUCUGUGCUUGGACUGUGCUGAAUACCAUAUGCUGUGUUUUAGAAUUAGAAACAUCGGUUUUUGAGUAUUUGUUGAGGUGUUUCGUUCAAUAAAAUUUUUCCUGCAUGGUUUCUGUUUGUUAUUGGGUUCUAAAAACGUGACUACGUUCACUUCCACCUCUUACAACAGAUGAAAGGGGAAAGAAGAAGGAGCUAACUCUUAAGUUAAGUAGUGUUGUGAUAAGAGUAGCGUCCCUGUCGUACAGUUUCAUUAUUACAACAGAAUAAAGAAUCUUAAGCAGACGAAGUCAGUGUCGAUAAUGUCGUUUCGAUGUUUAAUCAAUUUUCUUGGGCAAAGGGGCUCGAAGUGCGUCAGCGCAGCAGGUUUUAUGUCGAAAGAGCGAUUCUACAGCAAAAUCUACACAAGAACUGGAGAUAAAGGUACUUCAGCAACAUUCACUGGAUUGCGUAAAGUGAAGGAUGAUGAAGUUUUUCAAGCUCUGGGUACAACAGAUGAGUUAUCAUCAGCUAUUGGAGUUGCCUCAGAAUUCCUUAGGGACAGGGUUCCAGACCUUGAACAGAAAUUAGAACAGAUUCAGUGUAUGCUACAAGAUGUUGGAUCAAAUAUUGCAACACCAAUCAGUUCUGCCCGUGAAUCACAUUUAAAGCGAGUGCAGUUCAGUAAAAACAUUGUUCUACAACUUGAGCAUUGGAUUGACGAAAUGUCACAAACACUGCCUCCGCUGAGAAACUUUAUUCUACCUUCUGGAGGAAAGUCAGCUGCAUUUCUUCAUUUAGCUCGGACGAUUUGCCGCAGAGCCGAGAGAGAAAUGACUUCUUUGCAUCGAAAGGGGGAAAUAGAUGAAGAAGCCUUCAAGUUUAUGAAUAGGUUGAGUGACUUUUUGUUCACUGCUGCACGUUAUGCUGCAAUAAAAGAAGGACGAGAAGAGAAAAUCUACAGAAGAAUUGCAACAAACCAUGAAGAUACUAAAAUGGAAGCAUAAGUUUUACUCAGAUCUAUUGUAUAGUCUUGUGAUACUAUUAUAAAAGUUUUCUUUAAAAAAUAAUUCUGACUGACUUACUUAUUGACUGAUUCUCUACUGUGAUUCAGGUCCACAGUAUUAGACCUGUCAGUGGCUUUUAUUUGAAUAUUCACCCAGAAGUGGGGGUCUGUCCACUUCACAUUGUACCCUGAAGUGUACAAGAACAGCUUCAUUAAAAUGAAGUUUUUGUUUAAA